ACAAACGAGCGUAUAUCUAUCUACUACUCCCCGUAAUUCUCCACCCCGCCAAAAGUUCACCCGAAAUUUCUCGUCCAAAACCCUAACCCUACUCCCGAACUGUAUAAUUUUCGAGCCAUAGGAUUCGGACUUCAAUCAAAGCUCCCAAAAUGCCAGCCAUCCCAUCGCCGGGAAAGAUCCUCCGGCUGGAGCUGGAGAACUUCAAGUCAUACAAGGGUCACCAGGUAAUUGGCCCAUUUUACGACUUCACUGCGAUCAUCGGUCCCAAUGGUGCUGGUAAAUCCAACCUAAUGGACGCCAUCAGCUUCGUCCUUGGCGUGCGAACUGGCCAGCUCCGUGGGGCCCAGCUGCGAGACCUCAUUUACGCGUUCGAUGACCGCGAGAAGGAGCAGAGGGGAAGAAAAGCCUACGUCAUGCUCGUCUACCAGCUGAUGGACGGGACCGAAAUUAGUUUCACUCGCUUAAUUACUCCUGCUGGUGCCAGUGAGUACAGGAUUGGGGAUCGUGUUGUGAAUUGGGAUGAUUAUAAUAACAGCUUGAAGUCGCUAGGAAUUCUUGUCAAGGCACGCAAUUUUCUGGUUUUCCAGGGGGAUGUGGAGUCAAUUGCUUCUAAGAAUCCUAAGGAACUUACAGCACUUAUUGAACAAAUCUCUGGUUCUGAAGAAUACAAGAGACCAUAUGAGGAACUGGAAGAAAAAAAAGCCAUGGUUGAUGAAAAAGCCGUGCUUGCUCAUCAAAGGAAAAAAACAAUAUCGGCAGAGAAAAAACAGAAGAAGCAGCAGAAAGAAGAGGCUGAAAAGCACCUCAAAUUGCAAGACCAACUUAAAUCUUUAAAGCAAGAACAUUUUCUUUGGCAACUAUUGAACAUACAAAAGGAUACUGAAAAAGCUAAUGAGGACCUGGAUGUUGAAGAGCAUGCCCGAAAAGAAAUUGUGGAUGAACUGGGGAAUUAUGAAAGCGAAGCAAGUAAAAAGAAGAAAGAACAAUCUGGAUAUUUAAAAGAGAUUGCACGAUGUGAGAGGAGAAUCACAGAGAAGCAGAAUGGACUUGAUAAGAAUCAACCUGAGCUUCUAAGGUUAAAGGAGGAGGUAUCUCGUAUAGCUUCAAAAAUCAAAAGUACUACUAAAGAGCUAAGCAAAAAAAAAGAAGAAAAAAAGAGACAUUUGGAGGAGGUGCAGAAACUUCAGAAUGACCUGAGGGAUAUCACGAAGCAGUUGGAGAAAUUACGAGAGAAAAAUCAGGAGGCUGGGGGAAAACUUCAAUUAGUUGACAGUCAAUUGGAGACAUACCACCAGAUGAAAGAAGAGGCUGGGAUGAGAACUGCAAAAUUAAAGGACGAGAAGGAGGUCUUAGAUCGGCAACAACAUGCUGAUACAGAAGCCCAAAAGAAUUUAGAAGAAAAUCUUCGACAGUUGGAAAAUCGGAAGCAGGAACUGGAGUCACAAGAGAAACAGAUGCAAACUAGACUCAACAAAAUUCUUGAUGCAGUUGGGAAGCACAAGGAAGAACUUAUACGAGUACAGAAGGAACAGCGCGAGGUGAAAAAUAAGCUCGUAGAAUCCAGGCGCAAAUAUGACAUGUUGAAGGCAAAAAUUAGUGAAUUAGAUGAUCAACUGCGUGAAUUGAAGGCUGACAGACAUGAAAAUGAAAGGGAUGCCAGGUUGUCUCAGGCAGUUGAAACCCUUAAACGUCUUUUUGCCGGCGUUCAUGGUCGCAUGACAGAGCUCUGCAGGCCAAUACAGAAGAAGUAUGAGCUUGCUGUCACUGUCGCCAUGGGCAGAUUCAUGGACGCUGUAGUGGUCGAGGAUGAAAACACAGGAAAGGAAUGCAUCAAGUAUUUGAAAGAACAAAGGCUCCCUCCCCAGACGUUUAUACCUCUUCAGUCAGUGCGUGUGAAGCCAGUUACAGAGAGGCUGCGCACCUUGGGAGGAACAGCAAAGCUGGUCUUUGAUGUCAUACAAUUCAAUCCUUCACUGGAAAAGGCCAUUUUAUUUGCUGUUGGAAACACCUUGGUUUGUGACGAUCUCAGUGAAGCUAAGAGUCUAAGUUGGAGCGGAGAGAGGUUCAAAGUUGUCACCAUUGAUGGGAUCCUAUUGACAAAAUCUGGUACGAUGACUGGUGGCUCAAGUGGCGGCAUGGAUGCACGUAUACAUAAGUGGAAUGACAAAAAUGUUGAAGGGCUUAAGAGGAAAAAAGAAGAUCUCGAGUCCCAGUUGGAAGAGCUUGGGUCUAUAAGAGAGAUGCAGCUCAAGGAGUCCGAAGUGUCAGGCAAAAUUAGCGGUCUUGAAAAGAAGAUUCAAUAUGCAGAAAUUGAGAAGAAAAGUAUUGAGGACAAACUGAUCAAGUUGAAUGCGGAGAAGAGCAACAUUGAAGGGGAAAUUGUCCGUGUGAAGCCUGAAAUUCAAAAGUUGGAAAAUGUUAUCAACAAAAGAAAAUCUAAGAUCUCGUCAUUAGAAAAUGCGAUCAACGAUAUUGUUGACAGAAUCUACAAGAAAUUUAGCGAAUCUGUUGGGGUAGCGAACAUUCGUGAAUAUGAGGAAAACCAUCUCAAGGCAAUUGAGCAAAUGGCUGAAGAAAGGCUCAGCUUGCAUAAUCAGCAAUCAAAACUGAAAUACCAGUUAGAGUAUGAACAGAAACGAGAUGUGGGAUCACGGAUUACCAAACUGGAAUCAACACUUUCUAACUUGAAAAAUGCUUUAAAAGAGGUUGAGAAAAGCCAGAUUGAACUGAAGUCAGCAAUGGAGGCAGCAAACUCUGAUAUUGAUCGUUUAAAGGAAGAAGUGUUAGAGUGGAAGUCAAAAUCAGAAGAGUGUGAAAGGGAUAUUCAAGAAUGGAAGAGAAAGAUUUCAGCUGCUACAACAAAUAUUAGCAAGCACAAUCGUCAAAUUAAAUCAAAGGAAGCCCUGGUUGAGCAGCUGAAUUUGCGGAAGCAAGAGAUAUUGGAAAAAUGUGAAUUAGAACAUAUAGACAUUCCAACAGUUGGCGACCCUAUGGAUACUGGAUCAUCAUCCCCAGGGCCAGUUUUUGAUUUCAGCAUACUAAGUAGAUCUCUUCUGCAGAAAUCUAAGCCAUCUGAGAGGGAGAAGAUUGAGGUAGAAUUCACACAGAAAAUUGCUGCCUUAAUGUCUGAAAUUGAAAGAACAGCUCCAAAUUUGAAGGCACUGGAUCAGUACGAGGCUGUUUUGGAGAAGGAUAAAGUUGCUUCGAGAGAGUGGGAAGCAGCCAGAGAUGAGCAGAACAAAAUCACUGCUGAAUACAACAGAGUUAAACAGAUAAGGCAUGAAUUAUUUAUGAAAGCUUUUGACCAUAUCUCUGGCAACAUUGACAAAAUUUACAAUGAACUCACAAAGAGCAAUGCACACUCGGUGGGCGGGCUAAGUGGAACACAUGCUGUGGGUGGGACAGCAUAUCUGAACUUGGAAAAUCCUGAUGAGCCUUACUUAUAUGGCAUCAAGUACAGUGCUAUGCCCCCGACUAAGCGAUACCGUGAUAUGUCCCAACUGUCGGGUGGAGAGAAGACUGUUGCUGCACUUGCCUUGCUAUUUUCCAUUCACAGUUUUAGGCCCUCGCCCUUUUUUAUACUGGAUGAAGUGGAUGCUGCAUUAGAUAAUUUAAAUGUCGCCAAAGUAGCUGGUUUUGUCCGAUCAAAAUCAUGUGGAGGAGCAAGGAUGAACUCGGAUGCUGAAUUUGGUUGUGGUUUUCAGAGUAUCGUGAUUUCUCUCAAGGACAACUUUUAUGACAAAGCUGAAGCUUUGGUUGGUGUCUACAGGGAUUCAGAAAGAAGCUGCUCGAGAACGUUGACAUUUGAUUUGACCAAAUACCGCGAAUAAUGAGAGUGACUCCAUACUGCAGUCGCCUAUGUAUCUGCUGUCUAUACUAUGUUUGAAGUUUGUGCAAGACACAGCUUUGUUUUCGUAUUGAAUGUAAAAUGAUCAUGUUAUUAAUAGUUUUGAGGACAUAAUUGUUUAGUUUUUAGACGGUGUGAUUUGAAACUCAAAAAAAGAAUUUCGUGACUUGUUGCGUCACCGAUAA